AUGGCCGUGGACCAGCCGACGCCCUCCCUGUCAUACGACGGGCCCUCCGGCUCCGCGGGUUUCCACGCUGGCUUCGACGGGCCACCGCUUUCAUGCGGACCACCUGUGCACACCGGACCAACGCCCUCCUCUUCGCUGCUCCGUACUGCCGAGCCGUACCCUCAUGGCGGUCAUGCUCAGACACCGCCGCGCUUUGCCAAGCUCGCCUUCGCCACCUACAAUGGCGCCGAGGACCCCCUCAACUGGCUCAACCUGUGCGAGCAGUUCUUCCGGGGGCAACGGACACUCGCGUCGGACCGCACCUGGGUCGCCUCUUAUCACCUCCGCGGCGCCGCACAGACGUGGUACUACGCCCUCGAGCGGGACGAGGGCGGCAUGCCCCCAUGGGAGCGUUUUCGCGAGUUCUGCCUCCUUCGAUUCGGACUGCCGAUACGUGGGAUCCGGUUGGCGGAGUUGGGCCGCCUUUCCUUCACCUCUACGGUGCAGGACUAUACCGACCGCUUUCAGGCCUGGCGUGGCACGCGUCCAGCGUGA